CUCUCUCUGUACGACAUUACUCGACAAGGACUGGCAUUCUCACGUGUCCAUAGAUAGUGAGCUCUGAAAUAACGAAAUAAACAGUGACCUGCGAACUUUAAAUGUGAUAGCAGGCUUUAGUGUAAGGUGCACUAAUUAAACUAGAAUAGAAGUCAUCAUAAUUUACUAUGAGACUUGCUGGAGAAAAGGAAAUCGUAUUAAUGCUCAUUUGUUUCUCAAAAUGGCUGGCUACUUCGUUUUGUGGGAGGAAGAUACCGACAAUACAAACAUUGUCGAGAACGAAGCUCUGUCAGGUAUUCAAGAAAGUGAUGUUUUUUCUGACAGUAAUAUUCCUCUUGUGAUGCAGUCUAUGCAACCUCCACCGCAAAUCAUCGCCAUGGUGCCUGGUGCUUCCCAACCAUCUGGUUCAACGUGUUUAUGGAAUGUCCACCACCCGGUAGUAGUACAAUCGUUGGAAAAAUUACCUGAUACCGUUGCUGUUGUACCUGGUAUGACACAUAAAUCUGAUGUAUCACUGCAGGAUCAGGACACGACUACAAGCUCUUCGCUUACUAAGGUCGACUCAGAAAGCGAUCAUCUCGACACGGUUUCUUCGCUGAAUUCUGACCCGAAGGACGUGUUUUUUCAAGAACCAGUGAGUGAUACCAACGAUAAUGUGCUUACACAAAACGAGAAUCAAUCUCCAAACAAAUCUCAAAAAAGACAACCAUCAACCGCUACGGCAGACCUCAAAAUCACGAAGAGCUCGAAGAGACAUGCGACCACUGAUAUGAAGUUUCGUGCGUUUGACAUAAAUUGGCAGAAAGUAAGUGAUAGUAUUCUACUGCGGCUGAAGAAAUUACAAGAUUUUCGUGACAAAAAUCCCACCGGAACUGUUCCCCGUGAAAAGCAAUUCCCAAAAAGUGAGUUGACAGCGUUGGCAAACGCGAUUGUGGACCAAUUAAGGGUCAUAAACGUACACAUUACUGCCAGUACGAUGGAGGAAGUAGCGAAACAAGUGUUGUCUAAAUACCCGUGUUUGAACUUCGUCGACGAUGACGGUUUCGGGACCGGUCAAAGUUUUGUGGUAUUAAAACACAAAAUGAUUAAUAGAAACACAUAUUUGAACCGGUACAAAGAUUCAGACUCACGAUCAUCUGCAGCUGAAACUAAAAGAAACAGAAAUGUGAAAGCUGGGACAAUUAAAGAAUAUUGGGAAGUUUCGGCGGAACAGUGUUCCAAAGAUAUUCUUUCCAAACUGACACGGGAUGAGACUGGUGUUUUGACUGUGGAGUUUUUAACUGCAUCGCAGGCCUAUAUUCGCUUCUAUCUGGAUCAACCGGAAUCACUUAAGGAAUUACUUGCCAGACUCCCCGUUCUUCGUCGUCGCCAACUGAUUAGUUUUCAUUUUGAGAAAGCAACUGGAGUUCAGCUUAACUCUCUCGAAAAGAUGUUCCUUGCUAAACGAGCUAAAAUCAUCGAUUUCUCAGGAUCUAGCCGGCCAGCACUCGUGAUGGAUAAACAUGCGACAGAUUACGACAUUCUAAAAUUUUUGUGCUCCUCGUUAGGAGAAAACAUAGUCCAUCUGAUCAUUCAAAAAGAGAUUGGUACUAAAGUGGCUGAUCUAACUACAGAUUGUGCAGGACCAGUACUUGUUGCUGUAGACCUGGGAAACGAUAAACAUGUAUACUACGUGAUGGUGGAACAGGUUCGGCUGACGGAAGGAACCCAAAAUGUUGUGACUGCCAUUGCUGAUCUCCUAAGUGUACACUAUGUGUAUAAUUUCAUGUAUAUGAAACAGAUAUCCAAGUUUUUGGAGUUCGUUCAAGAAUAUUUUUGCAAAAUCUUGCCGGUGUCUGGAUCCAAAUCGAGGGCUACAAGAAAAAGCCAGCAGCAACGCAUGGUUAAGCGACUGAUUGAAGGUAUCUCUAGCCAUACAGCAACAGCAAGUCUAGCCCGUCAGAUAAACUGAGUAGUGAUUUCCUACGUUGAAUGACAUUGUACUAAUGAGUUUCUCACAAUGUCCGAAGAUUAUAAUUUUUCAUAAUCAUUUUUAACCUAUCUCCUCUGUUAUUCCUAAUAUUGUUUGCUCAACAAUCUCAAAACAUUUGUAUUGGUUGACUUUGUUCCGAAUAAAAUAGAUGCCAAAAUACAACGUUGAAUGCAAAAUCACUGCGUAAUCUAUCUUAUAAGAAAAUCAAACCCCUA